AUGACGGCAACGGUGUCCACCCACGUCCCGAUAUGGGACACCAAGCAGCUGAAACAAAUGGCAGCAGGCGGUGGUGCUGGUGUUGUGGCCAAGACAGUAGUAGCGCCCUUUGAGCGCGUGAAGAUCGUGUGUCAGACGGGCGAGAGUGUCGGGAUGCUGCAUACAAUACAUAGUAUCUGGACAUGUGAGGGCGUUCUAGGUUUUUGGCGUGGCAAUAUGGCAGCUUGUGUUCGUGUUGUACCACAUAAAGCCGUUUUAUUUGCUUUUUCGGAUUUUUAUAAAGACGUUUUUUAUUCCAUGGACAUCUCUGGUCGGACCCAAUUGCCCCCUUUUUGGAGGUCCUUUAUUGCAGGUUCUCUUUCGGGUUUUACGGCAUCAAUUAUCACCUACCCGCUGGACCUUAUCCGUACACGAGUAUCCGGACAAAUUGGGGACAAACUAAUGUAUACGGGUAUUGUGCAUACCUUUAUGCGGACACUAAAGGAAGAAGGUGCACGUGCUUUAUUUCGAGGCAUUGGUCCCACUUUGUUUGGUGCUUUGCCGUAUGAAGGAAUUAAAUUUGGAUCGUACGAUGUUUUGACGGGAUUAUUACGGGAUGAUAAUGACCCAAAGGUCAAUUUUGUAGCCAAGAUCUUGUGUGGAGGAGGAGCAGGGGUCUUGGCCACUGUCUUUACGUACCCAAAUGAUACGGUAAGACGACGGCUUCAGAUGCAAGGGGCGGGAGGAAUGACUCGACAAUAUCGAAAUGCAUGGGACUGCUACGUCAAGUUGGCCAAGAAUGAAGGUUGGACAGUUUUUUACCGAGGACUUACACCGACAUUGGUGAGGGCCGUGCCCAACAUGGGCGUGCAAUUUGCAACCUACGAUUUUUUGAAGAGCUUCAUUGAGUAG